ACAAACGCAAUCUUUCGGGUCGGGAAUAUUACCGUGGGAAUCAAGCCAAUGAUUGCUGAAAACACAACCAGUCACUGAUUACCCUAAGCUUGGGGUUGGGCAUUGCCGUGAGACCCUUGCUGAUUGGCAAACACAACCAGCAACGAAUCCCUAACAAUUUACCAACAAUGAAACCUCGAGUUCCUUGGAGACUCCCUGUCUUCGUCCCCGAGACUCGCGUCAACCAUCUCCUUCACCAACGUCUACGUUUCACUUCAUUCGCUAGGAAGCUCCAGACAGCUCGAGCUACCAUCAAUGGCGGAAGUAGCAGUUCUGAAGGUAAUUCUUUUCUAGUGCCUGGUGCAACAGUGGCUACCAUCCUCAUGCUUGGAGUGCUUCAUGCACGUCGACUUUAUGAUGACAAGAAGAUUGAAGAGGCAAGAGAGAAAGGAAUUGAAUUUGAGUUCCACCCUGAUGUAAAAGCUUCAUUUCUUAGAGGACUACCGCUACGCUCUAUUUCUCGAUUUUGGGGUUUCUUGGCUAAUGUGGAAGGUCCUGUGUGGCUGCGUCCAUAUGUUUACAGAGCAUGGGCUCGGGCAUUCCACUCAAAUUUAGAAGAAAUUUCCAUGCCAUUGGACCAGUAUGCUUCUUUACGGGAGUUCUUUGUUCGCACCCUCAAAGCAGGUUCGAGGCCUAUUGACCCUGAUCCACAAUGUCUGAUCAGUCCUGUGGAUGGUACUGUUUUAAGAUUUGGAGAAUUGAAAGGAGCAGGGGCUAUGAUAGAACAAGUCAAAGGUUUCUCCUAUUCGGUUUCUUCUCUUCUUGGUGCAAGCUCAUUCCUUCCCAUGGUAGCUGAAGAUGAUAUGCGUGAAGAGAGUAGUGAACAUGAAAAUAUUCCUGAAGAUAAGAGUAGGAAGUCAUGGUGGAGGAUUUCAUUGGCUUCUCCUAAAGUGCGGGACCCUGAACGAGCAUGCCCUGUGAAAGGCCUUUUUUACUGUGUAAUAUAUUUGAAGCCCGGAGACUAUCACCGAGUACAUUCACCGAUUGAUUGGAAUGUUGUCGUUCGCCGACAUUUUUCAGGUCAUCUCUUCCCUUUGAACGAACGUGCUGUGAGAACGAUCAGAAAUCUUUAUGUUGAAAAUGAAAGGGUUGUACUUGAAGGUCAAUGGCAAGAAGGGUUUAUGGCACUUGCUGCAAUUGGUGCUACGAAUAUUGGGUCUAUUGAGCUUUUCAUUGAACCAGAACUGCAAACAAAUCGGCCAAGAAAGAAGCUACUGCAGUCAGAGCCACCUGAAGAGCGGUUGUAUGAACAUGAAGGCAUUGGCGUGACACUAAAGAAAGGGGAGGAGGUAGCCGCUUUCAACAUGGGAUCUACAGUGGUGCUCGUCUUCCAGGCUCCUAUGUCGAGAUUGCCUAAAGACAAGUCAUCCUCAUCAGAUUUCCAGUUUUGCAUAAGACGAGGGGAUAGAAUUCGCAUGGGAGAAGCACUGGGAAGGUGGCGUGAUUUGUAGCUACAAACCUGCCUCACUUUUGUCGUGCAUAACGUUUACAAGUGAUUUAUCUUAUUGUUGGGGUGUAUGAAAUUACAAGUUAUUUGAUGUUACUGCUCUUUAGUGGCUGUGCACUUGGCCAAGAUAGAUACUGUUUAUGCUUCUAUACCAAUAUUUUGGGGGAGAAAAUAUGAGCAUAUCAUUUGUCACGUCUGUCUGUGUCCAAAGAUCUUGUGAAAAUUCUUGCUUCUUAACAAGCUGACUGCUAUGUGGUAGGGUCGUUCAGGUCUUGUAACAGGCAAAUGAUUCAUUUUAUUUGAAGGUUGCAUAGUAAUUCUCAUCCA